UGGUGUCCGGUUGUGUUGUAUUUUGUCAAUUUAUUUAGCAAAAUAGUGUUUUAGUCAUUCCGAGUAGUGGUUGCCCGAUUUGCUUAGUAAUUCGCUGUAACAUAAGCAGCGACAUGGCGAGCGAGAGCAGCUCUGCUGUGCUGGAACUCAACGACGCGGACGCGACGGACACGGACGCACCGAGCGUGACGGACGACGCGCAGGACGCCACGCCCCUCAUCAUGGAGCAUGGCCACGACAUCGCUGUGAAGGUGGAUGCGCCCAUGAAGCAACUGUCUACGCUGGAGACGUUCGUGACGUACCGCGUGCGCUGCGUGUGUGCGCGUUGGGCCACACCACCGCGCGUGCGGCGCCGCUACAACCACUUCAAGCUGCUGCACCGGCGGCUGGCGGGCGCACACCCGCUGCUGGCGGCGCCGCCGCUGCCGCCGCUGCACUCGGCGCGCCAGCAGCUGGACCGCUACUCGCCCGCGUUCGUGGCCGUGCGCUGCCUCGCGCUCAACGCCUUCCUGGAGCGGGUGGCCAAGCAUCCGAUCCUAACGCACAGCGAAGACUUCCGACUGUUCCUGACCACGCCCGACGAUGACUUGGACAAGGUGUUCAAGAGUGAAAAUAGCGCACUGAACCUGUGGGGGUUGAGCGCCGCCCUCUACGGUGGGGGGGAGUCCAAACCUGCGAACGGCGCCAGAGUGAAGGACCCGGAGUUCAGCUCUGCAGCAGACUACCUGCAGUCGUUGCAGCACAAACUGACCACCCUGUGUAUGCUCACAAGCAAACUGUACAAGGGCUCCGUCUCUCUUAGCACUGAGCUGAUGGGAAUGCGCCGGGUGUGCGACGCGUGGGCCGUACAGGCGGGCGGGCGGUGCGGGGCCGCGGUGGCGGGCUGCGGCGCCGGGGCUUCGGCCGCGGCCGCGCCGCGCUCCAGGGCUCCGCUGAAGUACCGCGCCACCCUGCCUCUGCUGGCCGCGUACGCUGGAGCUCACCUGGAUAAGAUACGGAACAGAGACGCACUGCACGCUGCUUACGUUGCGGGUAACAACGCCACAGAUGAAGUGCACAACAGAUUGGAGCAAGCUUCGGAGGCUUUACGUUCAGAACUGACGGAUUGGAUCCCAAAAACGAGGACAGAAAUCCGAGCUCUACUGUUGGAGUUAGCGGACAGGCAGGUCACCAUCCACACCCAAACCCUGAUGGGAUGGGAGCACGCUCUCAAGCUCUCCACCGAGGACAUCUCAGACAUGUUCAAAACUGUAUCAAAAACUGCUGUGCAGAACCUCUCCCCGACUAAAUGCAGAAAUCUUUUGACCCCGGAGACAGAACGUGACAUUGAUGACAUAGACAUCGAGAACUACAGCAACGCGUCCGAUAUACAGGAUGUUUCCCACCUAGAUAUGUCCAAUAUACAGGAUGUUUCACAAUUAGACAUGUCCAAUAUACAGGAUGUUUCACAAUUUGACAUGUCGAAUGCUCAGGAUGACUUCAAGAGUGAUGGCGGUGGGAAGUGUGCUAAAAGUGACUCGAACGGGGACAAAAGUGUUACAAGCAAUGCUAAAGUUGACAAAUGUGAUGUCAAAAGUGUAAAAAGCGAUCAGGAUGUGUCAAACGGUGACAAAUCGGAUGUGUCGGAUGAGAGUUCAAAGUUCUUGGAUCCGUUGAAGGAUUUCGCGGAAGUGGAUCUAUCGUGAUUCUGUGAUUCGCUGUUUUGUAGUAUAAUGAGGGACUUUUGAAUAUUUAUCUCUUUUUCUUUGUAUAUACAGGAUGUUUAGGCAAUAUAAUUAUAACUUUGACUUUUGUCAUUAAAGUUGGAACUGUGAUGUGAUAGAGUUUCAUAGUGCGUUUUUAUGAUUAUUAUCACACUCUACUGAUAACAACUGAUACCGGCAGGUGAACACGCUCUGAGAGGCACAGGUAAAAAAUAUUCUUAACUCCAGGUUUUACUGAGAAUUUCUUGAAACAUCCCGCACAUCUAAUUUUGGUCUAAACUGGAUAUCAAACCCAGUAGUUGAAUAUGCUAACCGCUAUAGUAUAGUGGUUUAAAGCAGAUAAAAAUAAAGUCAAUGUCAGUGAGAAUUUUAAGCUGACAUAGUUUUCCCACACACUUAUAUAUUAUGUUACAUUUAUUGUGAGGUGAUGGUGAUAACUACAUUUGUUUACUUAAACCUAAAGCUAAGAGGGUUCCAAACGCGUCUAAGAGUCGACAACCCAUUUUACCCGGUUGUUUUUUUUUUCUUUUGCUAUCACUAUCUCACAGUCAAUUUAAAUUUAACUAUGAAGCUACAGGAAUUCAUACCCAAGCUGUUUUAUCGUUUAUGACAUCAUUAAUAUUAUGAUAGGUUUUUUUCACGCUUACCGUUAUAUAUAAAACUCACUAGCUACCCGUACUACUCGGGUACUAUUUUCAACUUUCGUGACGCGUACUAUAAAUCUGUAAAUUUACUGAUUGUAUAUUGUGGUUUAAAUUAGAUGUAUAACGACUUUCCAAAAUAGUUUUAAUAUGUGUAUUUUAUUUAAAAAAAAAUAACUAGAAAUAUAGUAACAUUUAAGAUGCAUGGUGGAAAUCAUAUUCAGGUAGGACUUUUAAUAUUCUGUAUUAAUAGUACGCAAUUUCUUUUUUUUUUCCAAAAUAUUGUGUAUGUACCUUUAAAACAUCAUCCGUUU